AUGGACAGGGAGUCCCUGCGUACAGAGUGGGAUGUGAUUGGCUCUACAAGCAUUUCCUCUGAAGAUGUUGUGGGAGAGUUGGACACAGUCGGAGCACAGUGUCUUCUGACCAAAGAGCUGGCGAUGGAGUCGGUUUUGGAAUCCGUUCACCUGUACCAACCCGCCGCGCAACAAAUUGCAAUCAUUUUAUUCAAGGUGAAACACGCCCUUGGAAUUCCUCGCCACUCUCGCAACAUCGACGAUCCUAGGAAUACCAUUUACCUGAGGGCUGAUUUGCGUACACUGUUUGAUCGUAAACGGUGGCUUUUACUUCCCGACAUAGAUCUCGUCAAGCGCAUCUUAAAUGAACAUCAAGUGAGCGACAAGAUUACCGAGCUCUACAGCGAUGCGACUGCCUUUCAUUAUCGAUUUGUCCCCCUCGGCCCUGGACGACUGACAGACAUGCUCAGAUGGGUUCGGCCUGAUUACGAAAUUGAACCACAGCCAUCCUCCUCCAUGGAAUACGGACUCUACAGCUAUCCGUUCCAGAACUUUCCCAAGCUUGAAUCCCAUGCUCAUCCUCAUUGGGUCAUUCUGAAUGCUGGGGAGACACUGCUUGCCAUCACAGAUCACGAGUUCGACGCCUUCAUAUGGCGCGUCACAUACGCAUACAUGGUGACCGUCGAUGAAGCGAAGGCAUUUGUUGAAAGCAUUAAGCUUAUCUACAAGAGGUGGGUUUCCAAAGGCAAGGGCUGUGGUCCCUCUCGAAUCAUAAGCUUCAUUAAGAAGGCUGUUGAUCGCGUUCGCGGAAGAGCGACUAGGACGCAGACCGCAAGCUCAUCGGUUGCAGCAUCGCCUCAAUAA